CUUCCCAUUACCUUCCUCCAUUUCAUUCUCUGCCUUUUUUUUUUCCAUUUUCCCCUUCCAAAUAUCAAACAAUUCAUUUUCAUUUUUCAACACUCAACAAAGAAACCACCGAAUCUCGAUUAACACCCAUAAAUAAAAGCUUGGAGUUUUCGGAUCUCUUAGGUUCAAGGUUCUGUAAUGAAACAUCACUUGUGGGGUGUCAUUAUUUACAACCAUGUUAAACAUACCCACAACAUCUCUCUCUGAGAUUUGUCUCACUCACUUUCGCCUUGCCAUCUCCACCGCAGAUCCAUGGCCCUUCUCAUGAACCCUACCGCUUCCUAGCAAAACCCUCCUCCUUCCAUUCUCACAGAAAAAAAAACAAAGCUUUUUCUAUUAUUUCCUUUCGCCACAAAAAAAAAAAACCCAACCGUCGCUGAUUUUGUGAAGACCAUGCAAUUCAAGGUCGGCAAGCGCGUGAUCCGGGUCACCAGAUGUAUCUUCCGGAGGUUCAGGACCCGACCCGGAUACCGGAGUCUUGGUUCUUCGCCGGCGAGGAACCCCAUGACGAAGAUUCUUACGUGGGGUCGAAAGUUGAUGAAAGGGUCGAGAUCCCUCUGCUCCGCCGCGAAAAAGGGGUCGGGUUACAUCCCGGUUGGAUCCGACCCGGUUCAGGACAGUUCCCCGGCGGUGCCGAGGGGGCACUUGGCGGUUUACGUGGGGCAGAAGGACGGUGAGUUUCACCGGGUUCUGGUGCCGGUGAUUUACUUCAACCACCCUUUGUUCAGCGAGUUGUUGAGGGAAGCGGAGAAGGAGUACGGGUUUCAGCACCCGGGUGGGAUCACGAUCCCUUGCCGGUACACGGAGUUUGAACGGGUCAAGACCCGAAUUGCAUCCGGGUCGGGUGUCCGCCGCAGCAGCCGGAUAUUGUCGUGGCGGCGACAUUGUUGACCAUUGCGAUGGUGGUGAUUGUGACUAGUAGAUGAUGAUGAAGAUAAAGAUUAGAGUCCAUGGUGACUGAAAAAUGCUUUUAGAAUUUUCUUAUAUAUAUUAGGUCUAGUCCAUGGUGAUUGUUUUUUUUUUUUUUAGUAAAAGUUAUUUUUUUUUAGCUUUAGUCAUUUAU